CUGUUUUUAGUACUCAAGGAAGGGCGGAUGUGGAGCACAACAUGGCAACGAAUCUCAUAACAAAAGGAAGUGAGGCGUACACGCAGUAAAUGUUUGCGUUUUCUAUUACUUGUAAACUUACGCAGAAUUACGAGCUUCUUUGCUCUCCUCUUUCCUCAAAAGAAGAGUUUAAACUCGUUUCGACGAAGAUGGAGUAAUAGAGCGAAAAGUUUGGUCUGAAUCCACACAAGUUACUGCGCCCUUCCCAGGGCCCUUUGGGGCCCAGGAGGAGGAUGCAUCGUGGUGGGGAUAAGGACUUCCAGAUAUCAGCACGAAAAAUGGGCACAUCCUUGCUUUUCCAACUGUCAGCUCAUGAAAGAGAGCUGGACUUGGUGUUUCUGGACCACAGCUAUGCCAAGCCAUGGAAUGCCCACCCAGAUGCCAGCAGCGCCCGGCCCACAAGGACACUGUUUGUUACCCCUCGUCGCCAGCCUGAAGCCUUGUCAGACUCUGAUUCUCUCAUUGAUGUUGAAACAGUCACACCUACGCCUGUUCCUCUAUAUGACAACCACAAAGCUCUUAGUGUGAUGAAGGAGUGUGAGCGACAUGUCCUGUUUGCUCGCACAGUUGCUGAGAGCCCUCCACCCCCCGAUGACUGGGAGGAACAUUUAAACAAGGCUGGAUGGUCAGUGGCCCAGAACAAAUUGUUCAAUAAAGUCUUAAAAGCUCUACAAGCUGAAAGACUUGCCCGUCUGGCCAAUGAAAAUGCUUCCAAUGAGCCGAUUUUGCGGAGGAUAGCCGUGGACAAGUGUGCCAGGAAGGUGCGGCAUGCAUUAGCCAGUGUGAACUGGGACACCAAAUUGACACAGUGGUUACACACCACCAUGAUUGAAUCUUUAAGCCUUGCCAUGCUUGCUGCUUACCUGGAUGUGCUGCAGACUCUCAAAAGCAAGUUGCCCUCACUCAUUGACAGAAUGUUGCUGCCAUCGGCAAAGACUGGAGCUCCGAGUGCAGAAGCUCUGUCGCUGCUGCUGAAACGACCUUGGGACCCAGCUGUUGGAGUUCUGUCUCAAAACAAACCGAGCAAGCUCCCUGGAUCCCCACUCAUCUUAAUUGCACCAUCAAGCCCAACCAAUCCCGCCCUCUCUACCUCGCGACGAAUGAGAUUCUGGCAGUCGCAACUCUCCUGUUUAGGAAAGGUCAUACCGGUGCACACGCAUGUGAACAGCGGUGCCAAUAUUGGCAUUACGCAGUGUCUAGAGCACAUGUUGGGUACUGUCAGGGCCAAGGUCAUGGAGGUUCACAGUCACUUCCCCCACAAACCCAUUAUCCUGGUUGGAUGGAAUGCUGGUGCUCUUAUCGCUUGUCAUGUAUCCCUCAUGGAGUAUCUGACUGCUGUGGUGUGUCUUGGCUUCCCCCUGCUAACUGUCAAUGGGCCAAGAGGGGAUGUGGAUGACCCACUGCUGGACAUGAAGACCCCAGUGUUGUUUGUGGUCGGCCAGAAUGCUCUACAGUGUAGUAUAGAGGGCAUGGAGGAGUUCAGAGAGAAGCUGAGGGCGGACAACAGCAUGGUGGUCGUCGGAGGAGCCGACGACAACCUCAGAAUCAAUUCAGCAAAGAUGAAAUCAGAGGGACUGACACAGACCAUGGUGGACCGCUGCAUUCAGGACGAGAUAGCUGACUUCUUAUCAGGCGUCCUCACAAGGGCAGAGGGCCAUGGCCAUGGCUCAGGGGAGAUGAGGGACAUGGACACAGAGAAAAAGAAGAGGCCUCGACGAGAGCUUCCCUUCGACAUGGAGAGAGGACGUCCUUCCUCCCCUGCACUUAGAGUUCCCAUCUCACCAUCAGGGUCAGAGGACCUGUCUAGCGUCUGUAGUAGCCCUACUUCAAGUCCCAAACCCAAGACGUCUGGUCUGUCUCCAGCUCAGAAGUCCAGUCUGAUCACGGCUACACAGCUCCUCAAGACACACAUGCAGCGCUCUGGCACAGUACUCACUCACAAGCAGGCUCAAGCUCAGUUUGCUGCUUUUAUGAAACAAAACAUGCUUGUGAGGAAAAAUCUUCCUCCUGGCACCCCUCCUUGUAUUUUUGUGCCAGUGACCAGUGAUCAGAUGGAGGGCCUGGACAGAGAUGAACUGAGGUCCCAUGGCAAGAGGAGGCAGACGCCUAGUCCCACGCCAAGUAAAGCCUCCAAGAGAGCCAAGAUCAAGGUCACCAUUGUUUCCCAAAGUGAGUCAGCAGGGGGCACCAUCAGCCCUGCUGCACAGGAAGACUCUUUCCAUGCAGUGGGUGUCUCUGGGAAGCCCUUAACAGUGACAGUGGGGCAGACUGUGGCUGGAGCCAAGGAGCUCUCUGGACUUCUUACAGGCCAGCGGUCUGGUAGUCUCUCAGAGGUGUCUGGUGCCCUGUCCCCAGGCUCCAGCUCAUUCAGCAGCGUGCAGCCUUGCAUGGUGUCAGGGUCCUCCACACCAGUCCAGGCGCAAGCUCCGGCUACUGCCCAAGCUCCUUCCGCCAGCAGUCUACUACAAGGCCUAAGUUUCAGUCUUCAGGAGAUCAUCACCAAAGCUCCUAGCCUGCCCUCCACAACAGCCAACACAGGCAGCACCCAGGCGGUUUGUGGGAAGCCCCAGGGUCAGGUCCUGAGCUCCGUCGGUACCAGCAGCAGCACUCUGCUCCGGGCGGUGCCUGUGGUCACCACAGGAGGAGUGGCUAAAACCACCGCCAUCCACCAGCUGCUCACCAAUGGCGGGCUGGCCAAGCUUGCCAGCAGCUUGCCCGGCUUGGCACACAUCACCAAUCAGACCACUGGGCAGAAAGCCCCCACUUCUAUAACGGUGACUCUUCGAGGAGCGCAGCCAAGUAGAGUGGGAUCUCUCAGCCAAGUUGGUGAGGUUGUGGCGCCAGCUCGUACCCAUGAGCCCAAGCCGUGAAAAUAUCGGCUCACGGUUUCCAUGUGGGUGAGAACACCUGAUGUAAGCUGGUGCUGUGCCAGAGGCAUCUGGGAGCCAGAGCCUGCUGAUGAGACUGUACCCUCCCUGUAAUGAUGUACACGCCACCCAACAACGUGCAGAACACCUGCCUCUCAUCCUCCAGAGGGCCCAUUGAGAUGGUUGGAAAAGGCCAGGCUGUGACUGUCAGUUGUGGCUUUAAGCAUGCUUAACCUCUGUGUACAGACGGAUAGCACUGACUCUGCUAACGCCACAGCAGAGGACAUCAUGCUGCAGUUUGUGCUCUCUUCUAUCACCUUUAACUUUAAUGAGCAACUUCUGACAAGCAGAUAUACAGCAGGAUCGCACGUUAUCCUCUGAGGAAGAAAUGAUGUCAUUUGAGGAUAAACUACAACCCCUGGACUGAUAAUACCACUGGAAAAAGACAGAUGCUUAACUGUGUGCCUACAGUACAUCACAACAACAACAAAUUGAAAUCUUAAGUAAUAUUAAGUUUAAACCCCUUUGUCACCACCUCUCCUAUAAUAUCUCCCAUUUAUCAUAGGUCUAGAUAAGUAUGAUUAACAGAAAUAUAAGAUAACUAAAUUUGAAUGUGAGUCAUUGCUUUGAUAUUAUUUAUCACAGUAUUUAUAUCAUCAUCACUAUUAUAAUUCAUCAUAAUAGUUGUUUUUAGUGUAGCAGUUUUACCAUGACAAAAAACUCCACUAUAUGAUAUGCCUGAAAUCAGGUAGAGAAAGAGCUACAUUUCAAAGCUAAUUAAAUGUCAGUGUUGAUCAUAAUCAUGUGAUUGCAGAGGCUACAGUAUAUUGUCAGAGAUGCCUUGCGUUGACUGUGCACCUGUGCAAUGCUCACUAUGAAUAAUAUGUACUAUGCACAAAAAAGCUGAACAGGUCAUAUCUGUCAGUAUUUAUGAUGAGCAGUAUUUGUUAUGUUUCCUCUAUAACCUCAUGUCCCAUAGUCUAAACUCUGCACUGUGUUGUCGCUUCACUGUAUGUGGACUUUUUGUUUGAAACUGCCGCAGUAAAAAAAACAAAAACUGAA